AUGGCAGCACCGGCAGCAGCGGAACCACCAACAGCAAAUGGUGGGCCGUCAAGAGACGGAGAAGUUUACCUUCAAGGUGUCGUAAAAACCUACUCGACCAGAAAAGGGUUCGGGUUCAUUACCAGCGAACACCUGCAGCAAAUAUGCGGAGAUAUCUUCGUAUUCUCACUUUGUCUUGCUCGAAGUUCACUCGUUAUGCUUGUUGAAGAAACAAUAUCAAGAUACCUCCAGAACAGGUAAAUGAAUGAAUGAAUCAGUGUAGCUAGUACUAGUAGAUCUGUAAAUUGAAAUAUCAUUGUAGCUAGUUCUAGUAGAUCAUCUAGCUGGAGCAUUUUGAUACGUUGUACUUGUACUAGGGAAUACCAACACCAAGUGUGUGAAGAAAUAGAAGUCAUUUGUUUCAACAAUAUCCUUACAUUUAAAUCUCGUCUUUUUAACACAUCCAUAUGAUAAGUGAAAAACCCACUCAGGUUUACAACACCCACUUGGUGGGUCGUAUCGGGUUGAUUGCUGGGGAGAAGGUUGAGUUUGUUUUAUUCUAUGAUCCGGGAACGCUGCGUCCGCAGGCAAGGAACGUACGAGUAGUGGAGCCCGCUCCAGUGGCGGGAGAAGGAGCGUCUGCCAUAGUAGUGGAAAAACCGGAGAAGGACACAGCAUCAGGAGACGAAGAGGCGGAGAUAGACCGUCUUAAGAAAAUCAAAGACGCAGCGUGGAAAAAGGCACAAGAAAAACCAGGAGCACAAAAUGCGGCGGGAACCGGAGGUACAAAUUUUGGUUGCAAUGCAGGACCAUUUUAUCGACAAGCGUUGAUCUUCUGCACGUAAAACAGUCUCUCUCCUUAGUAUUUUUGACAACCAUGACCAUCCGAAUAUACGAUCCAAGAACUUCUCGUCCCUUACGUCAUACUAACACAAUUUACGUUUUCUUUUCCUUAUAUUCUAGAUUCCGGCUCGGACUUUAAGCUGCCUUCUCCGACAGCAGCUGCGAAUGGGGGAGCUAGUAAAGGUGCCACUACUCCUGGUGGCGGUGCUGAUAUGAACGAAACUAUCCGAAGAGCUCAGGAGGACGCUCAGAAGAAGGUCAUGCAAGAAGCGGCAUUGUUACAAGAACUAGAAUGGCAUAAGGAUGAUUACAUGUAUUAUCCUCCGAACUAUGCAGCACAACCGGAAAGACCUGGUACUAAAUAAUUUUUUUUCUUACUUGAUGAAAAAUGCCCUCCUACCUACUUGAUGAAAAAUACCCUUCCUUACUUGAUGAAAUAAUUUUUUUCCUCACGCUUCUCUCGAUGAAAAAUACCCUCCUACCUAGUACAUCCAAUAAUCCAAUCGAUCCUAAUGAAAAAAAUCGCUAUCGCCACGUCCACUUCCACAAAACGACAGUCCUAGUAAUGAUAAAAAAAAAAUCGCUAUCUCCACGUCCACUUCCACAAAACGACAGUUCCUCCGAAGACGUUGAUACCAGUUGGGAGUGAGGUGACGAUUAUCGAUUUUCCGAUUAGGGAGCUUAAUGGAGCGAAAGGAGUGGUGAAGUCUUUCCAUGAACAGAGUUGCAGAUAUAAAGUCGAAGUUCAAGACGCGAAGAAGAGACCACAGGAAUUUUUGAUGCCGAAGGAAAAACUGCGCAUCGAUACACUUACAUUGCCGGUAAUGAAUAUGAAAAAACUUUUGAGACUCUACUACAACUACAACAGUUCCAUGACUUCAUCCAAGAUUUCCUCUCAUGAUGACUGUUCAUCAAAAACUCAACACUCUACCUGCACCUCAGGCUACAGCUGAACAUGAGAGGCAGAUGAAAGAGAAACAAGCGGCAGCGAAGGAGAUUUUAACAGCAGCAAUAAACGGAGGAGGAAGUCAGGGGUAUCAUCUAUCUAUGAUCAUGAUGUGUCGUGAUUUGUAGUUUUCUUUCGCUUCUAGUUCUGGUUUUGCAACAUUGAAAUAGCGACAUUAUCCGCGACCUCAAGCUGGUAAAGGGGAAUUUCCAAUAUCUUUCAUGAUCUCCUUCAUCUCCGUAACCAUGCUAGUAUUCAUCCUAUGAUAGAUUACUUUCACAACAUUUUUUCAUUCAGUCGCGCCACGACCCCUGGUGGGCAGGGAGCCGCAGCCCCACCUUUGAAAGGACAAGUUCCUACACCACAGACGGGCGUCCCUGGACAGGCGGGAGUGCAGCAACAGGCUGCCUUAAUGCAGAUGAUGAUGGCAAAGGGCUUGAACAAGAAUUUGGCUUUGGCGCAGAUUUAUGCGGCAAAUCCAGCCAAGGGAAAGGCCUUGAUGGCCGCGACCGCGCCUUACUUGCUGACGGGACAGCCUGGAGCUCCUGGCACAGCAGGUGUUCCGGGUGCUGCUCCUGGUCAACCAGGAGGUCAGCCACAAGGAGGGCUUCCAGGUCAGUCACAAGGAGGAGGAGGAGUUCCUGCAGUCUCGCCAGGCGGCGUUCCAGGACCUUUGGUGGGAGGCGCACCGGGUGCGGUGCCAGGUGCGAAGGGCAUGGACCAGAAUAUGGCUGCGAUGAUGCAAAUGUACCUGCAGCAGAAGGGUCUCAAGUCGGCAGAUGCAUCCACGGCUGCGUUAGCCGUCGCCAUGAAGGGAGGCAAGAUUCCUCCGCAGCUGCAACAACAGGCGACGCAGCAAUUGCAACAGGCUCAGCAGUUGCAGCAAGCCCAACAGCAACAACUUGCACAGCAAGCCCAACUUGCAAUGGCGCAACAGGCGCAAAUGCAGCAACAGCAACGUCUGCAGAAAGAAGCUGCGGACAGGGCAAAAGGGGCGAUGGAACAGCAGCAAUUGGUGCAACAACAAAUGGCAGCUGCUGCUCAACAACAAGGUCAACAACCAGGAGUCCCUCCUCCUGGGUCUCAAGCAGGUGUUCCAGGAGGUGUUCCACAACCUCCUCAACCGCCACAGCCAGGAAUGCCUCAACAACAACUUCCUCCUCAAAAAGGUGGAGCUUCUUAUCCUCCUGGUGCCGCUCAACAACAACUUGCCCCCCCUCCACAGAUGAACAUCAACAAGAUUCCCGGAGGACAAGGUGCGUCUGCUAUGCCGCAAGGAACGACCCCAGGAGCUACUACAUCCACUACAGCAGGAGGAAACAACAUGCCUCCCCUCGACAAGAACAACAUUCAUCAGAGCAGAAGUCCCCACGACCAACAAAGCCCACGCAGCAUCCCAGGACCCCCAACCAGCAGUCCUACGAGUUCGAAUCCUGCCCACAGCAACCACAGUGGAAAUAUGGCACACGAUCCAAGCAGAGUGGCCGGCGACCCAUCCUUGGAGGAACUCAACGGAGCACCAGGAAAACACUGGCGCGUCCGUCUCGGAUGCAAAGACUUCACGGAGUCAAUCGUACUACUUCCAUAUUGAUGUGGUCGCUAUGAAUGUGUCUAUUCGUUAUCGUUUCUUCAUUGCUUUUUCCAUAAUAUCUUCUCAUUCUCUGAUCAUUAUGAAUUACUUUUACAGGAGCUUUUUUACAUCAAAAAAUUAUGAUCCUAUCACAAUGAAAAAGAAAAUGAUCCAAAAAUCUUUCAACAUCUUCAACAUCCUCAAGAACAUCUUCAACGUCCAGGUUCGAGAAAAAGCUGAUAUGUCAUCGCAAGAAGUGCGACGUUUGCUACCUGGCGAUCGCAUGAUUCAAGCUGGAGGAACUAUUCGUGUUGAGCCAGGCGUCGUGCGUAUGCCUAUCCAACCAUCUGGUUGGGUCACGGUUCAUGCUAGACCGAUUGGAGGUACUUCUUUUCUUAAUUAAUAAAUUUAAAUGUUGCUUCAAAUUCAAAUGGAUACAAAUAACAAAUUCUAAGUUGAUGUUGUCCAUGUAGUACAUGAAGAAUCAUGUUGUAGUUCUAACAUGCUGGAUUGCAAUCUUGUUCUAACUUCUACUUCUCAAAACAGGUCCAACCUUCAUCGAGCUUGUUGCUGACGACGUUAAUAAGGCAAGAGCCGUAGUCCCUGUGCCUCCAAAGAGAGAAGAAGCACCACGACAGCCAGCCACCACUACGACAACCACGACGAAACCACACGACGAGGCACCGGUGGACUAUGGAGAUGUGCCGGGACUCAAUGUGGCUGAUAACGUGUAUCCGUUGCCGUUCUUGCUGCGCUUUAAACUGGUGGCGUCGGUAUUGGAGGAUAGCCAUCCGGUGAAAGGUCUCCAGGUAGCGAAACUCGCAGAAUCAAGACUCGGACAUCAGAGGCAAAAAGACAAAGAGUACUAAUUAGGUUUCUGUUCUUUCACUUAACAUUAACUUUAACAACAUAUUCUUAUUCAACGGCAAUAAAUGUAGUCGUAUCAUCAGCACUAUCUCUACUGUGGACGUAGAAAUACCACGAUCUCAACCUGAAAAAUGGUUUUCAUCUAAUAACCUUCAUCAUGGACUAUCAUAAUCGACCUAUUCACCUUCAACCUCCAAAUCUAAUUCGCAUUCCUACAACUACAACCCUCAACAUUCCUAUUUUGAACAGGAGCCGCGGUAAGGGCCGUGAUGGCGAGAAAGGUGGACGCAAGAAACGGGAGAACAGAGAUGACGGGGAAGGAGCCGAGCAAGGUGGUGAACAAGGUGACCACGACAAUCGUGACCCUAUGAGCACCUACAAAGAGAAUCAACGACCGAACCACUACUCAUCUAUGAAUCAAGCUGGAGGCCAUCAUAACAAAUACCACAACAACGACGAACGCGAUCAUCGCGGCAGCAACGAGGGUUGGUACAACAGUCAAGGAGAGCGUCCUCCACGAAGAGACCGUGAAUACAACCCCCCAGAGCGUGGUGAUCGAGCAGGUGACCGGGUAUAUGGUGAAUCUGGAAGAGGUAGUUACAACAACGGAAGCUCCUCUGGAAAUCGAGACAGCAACAGUUCGUCUUACAAUCGUGGCGAGAAAUACGGAGGGGGCGACAAAUACGACAAGUACAACGGAGGUGACAAGUAUCACAGCUCAUCUGGUGGAGGCGAGAAGUACGACAAAUACAGCGACAAGUACGACAAGUACAGCGACAAGUACGACAAAUACAACUCGGGAGAACAAGCGACGACCUCCAAGUAUGAGAAAUACAACUCAGGCGACAAGUACAGUUCCGAAAAAUACGACAAGUACAACAAAAAGCAGCACGACGAGUGGUGGGAUCCGAACUGGAAUAAAUCAUGGAAAGCAUCAGACAAAAGUUCAUCAAAGGUACUUCAUCAAGACGAUCUUGUUUUUCUUCAUCUCAUGUAGGAGUUAGAUAUUUAGAUUUUGAAGUUAGGCCUGCUACUGUUGACUGGUGGUUUUGAGCAUGUUUCUCUAUGAUCAUGACCAUCUCCGUCAACAGGAUCUUAUGAAGGAUACCUACUUCAAGAACAUAAGAUGAUGUAGUUGACGUCAACAGGAUCUUAUGGAGGAUAGCUACUUUCGUCUUAAUUCCUUCUCACAUCAGGAGCACGGAUCUACUUACAGGGAAGACGGGACAAAGAGUAAGGGUAAGGGUUCCAAGGGCGAUGGCAAAGGCUCCCGCAGCAAGGGCGAGAACAACAAAGAUACAACUAGAGAAAAACAAGGAUCAGAUGUUGGAGGAGGUGCUUCGUCAGCCUCUACUGGCAAGGAGCAGGACAACACUCCCGGAAGCGGCUCGAAAGCACAUAAGAACCCAACUUCUGCAAGCAAAGCGAGAAAGGACGACUAUGGAGCCGAAGAACAUCAAAAAACAGAAACGAGUAAGACAUCCACUGCACCGGAAAGUAAAAGCACUGUGGCGCCAGCAGAACGAACCGGGAAAACCCCAUCACAACAGUCCACGUCCGCUGCUUCGAGUGCACCAGCGGUUGACGAGGCUGCGGCGGUCGGCGUAGAUGAAAAAACUGGGCAGUGCAAUCAGCAAUAAUGUAUCUUGUUCGACGAUGAAAGUGAAACCAGAUUCAGGGUGGUACUUUCCUAAUUCACAGAUGUUGUCGAUCUUCUAGAAGAACAGACGAUGUUGUAGUCCGUCUCCGCCAACCAACUAGAAGAUGGUUGUAGCCAACUACAAGAUCAUGGUUGUAGCCAAAGUCUCUCUACUUAACGAGACGUCAUCGUCUCUCGAACUAGAUUGGCACUACUUCUAAUGUAUGUUAAAUGUUGUAGAAAAUGGAGUUGAGGAGCUCUACUUGUACCGACUGCAGCUUCUUCCAGACGGAACAGCUUCUUCCAGACGUGUAUAAGAAUUCAUUUUUUGGAAAAUCGAUGUACUACUGGAGGAAGAUAAUUAGUGAAUGUAAUGUUGUUGUACUCCUACUCGGAAGAUAGGGUUAAGUCGUCGUAAUGCUACUGAUUCUUCAAGGACGAUUUGUCAAAAAACAGUUUCUUAUCAAUCUCCAACGAGCAGCAUCAUAGAUGAAGAGAUGAACAUCUACCACGUGCGUCGUUGAGGUCUACUACUCCUGCUACAUCAGAUAGAUUAGAGGUAAAAAAUUCAAAAAUUCGUGAAGAUGAUCUAUUCAUCCUGAUCCACCUAAAAGACGAGUAAAAAACUGUAUCCAACAUACAAGAUUAUUUACAUUGACGAAGAUGAUGAUGAAGAUGCCACCUAUUACUAUUAGAUAUUAACUAGAAUGGAGUGAUAAAAAAAACGAAAAAAACGUUGCUCCGUGACCUGAGAAAUUCAUCUAGUAGGAGGCUGAUUUUUUAGCGAGCUGGGUGACACCAAAAAAAAUAUUUUAUAAAAUCUACUAAAUCAAAAAAAUAUGAUUUCAUUACAUUUACAUCACAUUGUCAGACAGUCCUAUUUUUUUCUUCUAAAUCGAAACCGAUUUGAUGUAUUCAGCCUAAAAAAAACUACAAUUUAUUACAACUACAAAACUGACGAAGAAGAAGUUACUAAUAUUGUAGUCGGAGAUUGUUGUACUUGUAUUCUUCAUGAUGUACUAUUAUUAUCACUAUCAGAAGUUGUAUCUUCAGUUAUUGUUUCGAGGUCGUACUAGAACUAGAUGUUGUCUUCGUUGGAAGACACUAUGUAUUCAUUGGAGAUUUAGAUAGAUUGUUUGCAAUUACAGCAUGAUCUACGGCAAGAAAACUAGAGCCGUUGUUUGAGUAAAGAGUUGUUGUACUAAGUUUUCUUUUUAUUCAGCAUUACAGUAAAAAUGAUGUAAGUAAUUUACUACUUUAUCAUGAUGAUCGCCGUGGUCGCCGUGGAGGGCGAUUGCAUUGUUUGAAUGAUUGGUCAAUGAAAAAGAGAAAAAUAGCUGUAUUAAGUGGAUCAAAAAAGCAAGCAGUCUUCUAGAAUGCUGUGAAACCUAGACUCGAUCAUCAUGUGUAGGCAACUCACAGCAUGACUCAUAGUUAGUAGUACAGUAGGACGAAUUGUCAUGUUUCAAAAAUGUCGGAAAAUAUUAAGGUCAUAAUGAAGAGUAACACCUCCACUACUAGUUAUAAAUAUAACUACUUGUAGGUGGUCCUGCAUGGUGGAUGAGUUGUUGUGAUUUCUGAUUCACUUUCGUCCUACUAUAAUCUCAUCACUCGUCUUCAGGUCGACGUCACCUCCUCCUUACCCUUAAUACAGUAAGUACAUUCAUAAAAAUAAGUGAGCAUGUGAGAAGCGUUGACUCAGGUCGUCGACGUCACCUCCUUACUAGUACAUAGGCCACCCAUGUGAGGAGCGUUGACAGUGAGUAGAUUCAUGUGCCUCUAUCCUCUUGUCGUGAAGUAGGAUAGAAGCGGAGGUGAGAAACUAGAAGUAGAUUGAAGAGCUCUAGGUCUAGACUGUGUUGGGGAAAUCCUCUAGAUAACACCAGAUUUUGUGUUGAAGAUUUUUUCCUUAAGCUUCCGAAUAUAUAACAGGAAACGACGAGAGCUCUAAUAUCAAUCUUAGUACACAUAAUGAGUUGAUCUUCAUAGAAAAAGUACUUUUCCUUGUUGUACUAGAAAUGGAGGUCCUCGCUCCACACUGCUCUGACAUCACCAAGGACUAGAUCAUAGGGCCACCAAGUGCCACCACGAUAACGAUGGGUCAGACGAUAUUAAGUCGAGUUCGAUACUACAAAAAUAGAGGGGUUUUUUAAACUAGAAUUGGUGAUGCUUCAGCUACAGCUGCUACUAGUCUGUUGUACUACUAAGACGAGUAGGGUGGUGGAUGGAACAAUGAAAUGAUACAUGGUGGAGGAGGAACUACACAACUCAGAUAAUACAAGAAAGACAGGGAGGCUCUAGGACACGUCUACGAGGCUAUUCUCUUUUUUUGAGAGAAGACUGACCUUUGCGAUCUAAGACUAGCUAACUGGCGAGACUAUGAAGAGACUUUUUCUAUGAAGACGUGGUCAACAAGAUAGCGAUUUUUAUUGUAUUCAAACGGUUAGGUCUGCUAGGCUCGGGCUACCGCGCGUCGCCACUUGAUUGAUUGAUAUCUUCUUACUCUUAUAUAGCGGCUUUCCUAGUGCUAGUAUAAGAAGAUGAUAAUUCUCUGUAGUUUAUGUUAUCAUCCUCGUUUAUCCUCGUCCUCAUUAUGUCAUUUAUUUUGGGUCCCAUCUACAGUUGAUGUUUUGAUUUUGAACGCUUACGAUGUGUCUGUUGCCCUCUUCCCUCACUGGUUGCAAUCACAUCGUGUCGGAAGGAUCUUCUAGGCGCCUAUUAGGAAAACAAGACAAGUGAACUUUCUUUAAAUCUAGACUGCUAGAAGUAGGUGUAGGAAAUAACUCCAGAACAUCGCACUAACAAACUGCGCAUUUAGUCAAUAAUGUCUUCAUAUUUAUUGAAAGAUAGGAAGUCGAGUUGAAGUCGUUUUUGAGUUGUGAUAUCUCGCUCACAACGAAGAUCAUGAAUGUGCCUUCUCUUUGAAGUAGGUCGUCGUGAUCGUGAUCGGCAAGAACAACUACUUAACGGAAAUCGAGAUGUGUACUACAUGGCGACCUCGACCACUUUGGAAAAAUGGAACUAGAUGAAGGAUGUGUGGUCGCCAACGCCAUAUUGAGGGCGGAAGCGUUGUACAUCAUCUGCAAAAAAGACUAAGACAUUGACCUUAUGAUUAUCAUUGUCGUCAUUGAGUGACGAUGAUAUCCACCUCCGAAGUCCUCCUUAUACAGUCCUUACAGUCCUCUUUUGUCAAGAACUUCCUUUUCACCAACUUUCGCUAUAUUUACCACACCAGGAACCCC